AUGGACGCCCCCGAAAGCGACUCGUCUGUUCCUGUAGCCAGUGACUCGGUCUUCAGUGUCUCACGCCCUUCAUCAGCCUCUUCGAUACAUCCGCCCGAUACACCCAAGGAUCUGCCAGCGGGCGCGCCGAUCUCCUCUCUCUUCCAAGUCCGACACACACCGACCGCCGGCCGCGCCGUUUUCGCUAGUCAAGACAUCCCAGAGGGCACACUCGUGUGGCGCUCAGAAGAUCUGACCCUCAACGUCCUCCUCCGCGAAUAUCGACGCGAAGUAUGUGGACAGUGUUUUGGAUACGAGUACGGGCGGGAUCUGGAUAUACGAGACAAGACGGUGGGGUUCGCAUUCUGCUCGAAGGCAUGCCAGGACAAAUGGCGAGAAGAGAACGGCGAGAUUGGUGUUCAAGCGUGGACGGCCGUCGAGGCUUUAGUAAGAAAGCGGAGCAAGGAGGAUAGCGACAUGGUGGAUGCCGACCUACCACGACCAAAGGUCAAGGAGAUCCAGCAGGCGUGGGAGAAUGUUGCUGCGCAGGCAGCGCUGAUACGGGCCGCACGGGUAAGCGAACAAGCUAUACCGGACAAGGAGGAUGUGGCUCCAAUCACAAAGCAGCACAAGAAGGCUUUGUCAAAAGCACUACAAGCUAACAUUACACCUGAUGUGAUGAGCUUUUGUGUGAGUGGCCUGGUAUGGCGAUACCUUCAUCCCGAGCAAUGGGAACGCCUGGAGGCACUCGCAGACGACAAGACUCCUUACCACAGCUCCGACGAUCUCGGCGCGUUUAUAAGAACCUACUUACACCUGCUUGCGAUCCUUCCCCUACCGCUCCUACCACUUGUAACGGCAGAGACGCUAAUCACGCUCUCGUCCCGCGACUCGCACAACUCCUUCGGUAUUCGCUCCCUGGAAGAUGACGGCUCAGAGUUCUUCGGAUACGGUUGCUGGCCCGCGGCAAGCUACUUCAACCAUUCGUGCGGGCCGAACAUUGAGAAGAAUAGGAAUGGCAAGACGUGGUAUUUCAAAGCUGGGAGAAACAUCGGGAAAGGAGAGGAACUGUGCAUUACAUAUCUUAGCGGGGAGGAGAGGAAGCUGAGUCGUGGUAAGAGACUGUUGAGGUUAAAGAAGACGUGGGGGUUUGACUGUGCGUGUGAAAGGUGUGAAGCACUAUAG